GCCCCUGAGCACCACAUGGUCUGCGCCCAUCCGCUAUUGGCUGCAGGCGAAAUUAUGGUAAAGUGGUUCAGAGAAAUAAAUUCAUCUCUCUGCUCCUCUGACUUCCACUCGGCUGACUUAAACUCGCAAGACAGCGCCACUGCGUUUGCGUGUAAACUGUAAGCAGUAAACUCAGGUGAAGGCGCUUCUUUAAACCUGCGCCCGUCUUUGAAAAGCUUUAUAUCUGCUAGCUUGUUAGCUAAUCGCGUGGCGGCUAAAAUGAACGGUCAUCUGAACGGUUUCCAUAACGACUCCCUUUAUGAUGAGGACUGCUUCCUCUUUACAUCCGAGUCAGUCGGUGAAGGACAUCCCGAUAAGAUUUGCGACCAAAUCAGUGAUGCUGUGCUGGAUGCACAUCUUAAACAGGACCCUGAUGCCAAAGUAGCAUGUGAGACUGUAGCUAAGACGGGGAUGAUCCUGCUGGCUGGGGAGAUCACCUCCACGGCCAAAGUUGACUAUCAGAAGAUUGUUCGGGAUACAAUCAAGGAUAUUGGCUAUGAUGACUCCUCCAAAGGUUUUGAUUAUAAGACGUGCAACGUGCUGGUGGCCCUGGAGCAGCAGUCUCAUGACAUUGCUCAAGGUGUUCACCUCGACCGCAAAGAAGAGGAUGUGGGAGCAGGGGAUCAGGGCCUGAUGUUUGGAUAUGCCACGGAUGAGACUGAAGAGUGUAUGCCUCUUACUAUCGUCCUGGCACACAAGCUCAAUGCCAAGAUGGCUGAACUACGUCGAGAUGGGACUCUGCCGUGGCUCCGACCUGACUCCAAAACUCAGGUGACUGUCCAGUACAGGCGGGACAGGGGCGCGGUGGUUCCUCUGCGCGUCCACACCAUCGUGAUCUCCGUGCAGCACGACGAGUGCGUGCACGUGGAGGAGAUGCGGCGCUGCCUGAAGGAGCAGGUGGUGAGAGCAGUGGUUCCCAGCGGCUAUCUUGACGACGACACCAUCUACCACCUGCAGCCAAGCGGCCGCUUCGUCAUCGGAGGCCCACAGAGUGAUGCAGGUCUAACGGGCCGUAAAAUCAUUGUCGACACCUAUGGGGGCUGGGGAGCCCACGGAGGUGGAGCCUUUUCUGGAAAGGACUACACAAAGGUUGACCGCUCUGCAGCCUACGCUGCCCGCUGGGUGGCCAAAUCUCUGGUGAAAGCCGGACUCUGCAGGCGCGUUUUGGUCCAGGUGUCCUAUGCUAUUGGUGUUGCACAUCCCCUUUCUGUCUCCAUUUUCCACUACGGGACCUCCCAGAAGAGUGAAAAAGAGCUGCUGGACAUCGUGAGAAAGAACUUUGACCUCCGACCAGGAGUAAUUGUGAGGGAACUGGACCUGAGGAAGCCCAUCUACCAGUGCACAGCAGCUUACGGUCACUUUGGCCGUGACAUCUUUUCAUGGGAGGUGCCCAAGAAGCUGAAAUUCUAAAACCUUGUUGACUGCUAGCAAACAUAAGAUGUCCCUCAGAUAAACCUGAGCGUUUCCCCUCUCGCACUUUUCCCUCCGUUUUUUUCUCCUCCAUCCAGCCACACCCUGACAGCCGCAGCUACGUCACAGUUUUUUUAGGCUUAAUCAGAGUCGCAAGCUUAUGUUAUCUCUGUCUGGGAGGUUCUAUAUCUUACCAGAUCUUAGUAUUAAGCACAAUCAACAUAAAAACUACUUUCAUCAAAGAUUUAAAAAAAACUCUACUUAACCCUUGAAAAUAGUCUCUCACAGCAGCCACAUUCAAUUUUGAAUUUUCGUUUUAACGUCGGAGUAACAUCCCCCUCCUUUCUGUCAUUUCUUUUUAAAUUCAAAGCAAACAAAGUUCUCUGUGUCUUGGUUUAUUUUUGCAGUCCCUUCAGACCAUUUGUUUUCUGACGUUUUACAGAGAAGUCAGAAGCUGCUAAUGAACUUGUGGUUAUGUCGGGCUGCUUCAUAAAAUGCUGUUUCCUUUAGUUUAUUUUCACCCGUAAACAUAAUGGGGGUAUUCCCCGUGUGUGAGUAUUGGAGUGACCUCGUUAUGGGAGCAGUAAUAAACUUUAUGGAGAGUGCCUGUGGGUGCUUUGUCUCCUCUAGGCAGGAGAUGUCCUGUAAUAAUGAUAAUGUCGUAAUAUAUGUUUUAUGUGUAAAUGCUGCUUCCACCUGCUGUCCCUGUAGGGUGGGAAGUCCAAAAUGGACAGAGCAGCACAGAGUCGGUGUAGUAGAGGAUUCUGCCCUGAUUGUUUCUGAUGAGUAUGUUGCACUGUUAAUCCCUGAAUCUCCAGGAUGUCCUGUUGUUCUAUUUGGUGACUCUCCCCACCAGAAAAUCCAGCUGUUUUAACCUUUGAAAUAAGUAAUUAGCGCUAUGUGCUUUUGGUCUCGUUUAAACUAGGUCUCCAUCAUGUGUACGUCACCGGUAAUUUUUGCAUAUAGACUUUGUUCCAUGUGGACGUUUUUAGAUUUACUCCCCCAGUUCCACUUUAUGGUCCUUUGAGUGUGUUACAGCGACACCUCACAAAGCCAGAUGGCAUGGAUGGAGCUUGUUGCUAGUUUGUGGUAUUGUCUGAUGACAGGGUGUUUUUUUUUAAACAUAUUUGUAUGCUCUCGCUCAUCCACAGCUCAGAUAAAUGUUUGGUUGGUGUUGUACAGAGAAAUCAGCCUGUUUACAUUGUCUGCCGUGGGGAGCUGAGGGGCUUUUCUUUGUAGCCAAGGUUUUUCUUUGUUGAAUUGUCAAAAGUGUGUUUGAAUGGUUUAAAGUGCCUUUUCACAAUUCCUGCAAACACCCCGAAAACACUUCAAACUUCAUACCAUCUGGUCCGUCCUGUCCAGUUCCGCUUGUCAAUUAUUAAAAUUUCCAACCUCUGGAAUUGUCCGAUGUCUGAAUUGUUGCGGGGUUUAUCUUUAAAACUAUUUAAAUAAAGUGCACUAUUGCUUUGUGCUAAAAG